CUGCCAAGCGAAACUAUCCCCCGAAAAAAUCCUACAAAUCGACGCACCCCGUCCACAGAAACAACAGAUUGCCACAACCCCCCGUCCACACACACCCAUCGAAACCUCUUCUUCUUCCAACUCCUACCAGCACCAGCAAAGCCAAGAAGUACAGCUCCUCCUCCCCUCCCCUGUAGCUGCUUCGCCGUUUCCGGGAGGUUCUUGGAUUGGUUUUUCGGCAGAGAUGGUUUCGCCCGUCGUGAUCGCGUCGGCGGGGCUCGGGAUGCUGGCGGGCGUGGCGUUGGCGAGCCGGGGGACGGGCGACGGGCUGCCGGCGUCGUCCAGAUGGGACGCGCGGCCCCGUUGCUCCACGUGCAGCGGCACCGGCCGGGAGGAGUGCCUCUGCAGCCGCUGGUCCGACGGCGACGUCGGCUGCGGGACGUGCUCUGGGUCCGGCCGCAAGCGGUGCCGCAGCUGCGGAGGCUCUGGCACCGGCCGGCCGCUCCCGGCGCGACUCAUCGUCCAGGAGCAGAAGCUGCCGACCGCGCCAGGGCGACGCGGAGACUACAACUGAUAUUCAUCGGUUUCCCCGAGGAAAUCGUAAGUGUAAUUAAGCACAACAUAGCACACCAGUAUAUGCAACGUGUCCAUUCCUGUGUAUGUUAUACGCUGUCUCCUUCCAAUACUCCCUCCGUAAACUAAUAUAAAAAUAUUUAGAUCAUUACUUUAAUGAUUUAAACGUUUUUAUAUUAGUUUACAGAGGGAGUACGUACUAGUUAAGUAGCUAUGGCAAGUCCUUGAGACCGUAGACUUGGAUGUAAUAAUGGCAAAAUCAUGCAUCAAACAGUUUCGUGGUUCCUUUGAUUCAAAGGAAUUUUACAGAACUUUUGGGGUAUUUGAAUCCUUAGAAA